AUGAGUUUUCUCGAAUUUGUGAAUGCGAAGUACGAUGAAUUGCUAAAGAUGAUGAAGAGCUCAAAGGAUGAAAGAAAUGCUUUGAAAGAUGAGAAUAAGAUCUUGAGGGCAACAAUUCGCAGCAUUGAAAGUUCACUGGAAUCAGUUACGAGAGCGAACAAUGAUCUGGAGCAGUAUACUCGCAGAGAGUGCGUGGAAAUCCGAGGAAUCCCUGUUGCUGCUACUCCAUCAGAAGAGCAAACUAAUAAUAUUGUGAAGGAUGUCGGUAAACUAUUAGGAGUGGAUAUUACUGAAAAUGACAUUUCAGUAAGCCAUCGAAUGCCUAAAACACAAAGGCAAGCCUGGACCGCCAGCUAUCAUAGUUAA